AGCUAAGGUUACUAUGCGCAUGCGCGUCAGAACUAUUUGCUUCCCGAAGUUUCCAGCCGCGGGUAAGAAGGGUACUGAAGGGCUGAUGUGGCGACCUUGUGGACACCGUGAGCCUGUCAGAAACAAUCUGAUAGAUGAUGCCAAAGCCCGCUUGAGAAAGUUUGAUGUUGGGACCAGAUAUUCACACUUGUCCUCUAAUAAAUACUCUGUCCUUCUACCAUUGCUGGCCAGAGAAGGAAAGCUGUAUUUGCUGUUCACGGUCCGCUCAGACAAGCUGAGAAGGGCGCCUGGAGAAGUCUGCUUCCCUGGAGGAAAGAGGGACCCAGUGGACACAGAUGACACAGCCACUGCUCUCCGUGAAGCCCAGGAGGAGGUGGGGCUGGAUCCCCACCAAGUGGAGGUCGUCUCUCAUCUGGUGCCAUAUCUGAUCUAUAAUGGUGCACUGGUAACUCCCGUAGUGGGUUUUCUAGACCACAACUUCCAGGCCCAGCCUAAUCCUGAUGAAGUGAAGGAUGUGUUCUUUGUGCCUUUGGACUAUUUCCUCCAACCCCAAGUCUACUACCAGAAGCACAUCACAUACUCUGGCUACCAUUUAGUCAUACAUAACUUUGAGUACACAGACCCUGAGACUGGCAUGAAGUACCUAAUCAAGGGAAUGACCUCAAAACUGGCUGUGUUGGCUGCCUUAAUUAUUUUGGAAAAAAGUCCUUCCUUCGAGAUUGAGUUUGAUCUCCAUGACUUGAUACCAUCUUGUGAAAAGACCUUUCUUCGUAGAUAUCCUUUAAGCAAGUUGUGAAGACACCCAAACCCAAAAGAACAUACAUGAGGUUUUUGUGUGAGCACAUGCUCAGAACAACAGUGUUAACGAGUGGCAUCUGACGGAUGUGAAUAUUUUCCUAUGACAUGACUGUAAGGGCCUUGCCUGACUUCCUGUUGCUGCUUUAGAACACUAAAAAUCUUUCAAAACCGGAAAAGUGCACUGGCAGGGGAGUGUAAUUUUACUCACUAAAAAUGUCACUAUUUUUAGUCAUGUUAGGGGUGUUUGUUACAUAGUAGGCACUUAAUAAAUAGUUGUCAAAUAUA